UUUGUUGUCAGAAAAUAAAUUUUGGUAUCAAGAAGCAAUUUUGAUAAAAAGAAAUAUAACCUACUGUGAAUAAAUGUAUGUAAUAAAAACGUGGUGAGUGUUGACUUCUUUUCUCAUAUCGGUAAAUGAAUGUUUGUUAACAAUUCAUUUUUCAUGUUAUGAAAGAGUGAAUAAGUAGUAAAACGGCUAUUAAUAGCUUGAUGCAGCACCGUGGAUUUGGGGCAAAGAAAUGCGGACGUUGUGGUUUUGGGGCGAAUCGUCUAGCAUUCAACAAAGAAACGCCGUGCAUGACAAACGUUUUACAUUCGAAGGCGAUCCUAAAUACGCACAGAUCUCGCAGAUUUUUCGUCGAAAAGAUAUUUCGGUGAAUGUGUGUGAAAUGAAGAAUUGAUCAAAAUGUAUCAGCGGAAUACCCUUCAAUCUUUUUAAAUGAAUGAUUUUGUCAACAUAAAUUUUAGUAUUGUUCACGCUGUCCGACAUCAGAAUUCAGCUGGAAAUGACGGUUGUUAUUAAGUGUUGGUCCGGAAAGCAACUGGGUGGUAUUUAGUUGUACAUAUAUAAAAACAUGGCGACCACGAACUCGAAGCGUAUAGUAUAUGUUGGUAAGUUUUGCUUUGUUUAUAUAUAUCGACAGUAUCAGUUAUGACAUCCACUUUUAUCUAGUCAAACGAAUAAAAAACGGAUGUACCGAAUAUGUCUUAAAGUAUAAGUACUUAAUCCUAUUCAAUGUUUAAGCAAUUCUGUCGACAUGUGGUUCGCCGGUAGAUUGGGAAUAACAAGAGAAUGUCUCUAGAUGUGAAGCGAUUACCUGUCUAACUGCAAAUUUGUAGUAAAUAUGCUAUUCACGUAUGUGUCUGUUGAACAAAUCUUCGAAGACACUAGAUAUUCACGUUAUAAAUGAAGGUAUAAAUGAGAAUAAAUGAAGAGUGGCUAAUAUUAAUAUAUUUAUUUUCAAUAUUUUUAGGCGGUUUAGCAGAAGAAGUGGAUGAAAAGAUACUACAUGCAGCUUUCAUACCAUUCGGAGACAUCACAGACAUCCAGAUUCCACUGGAUUAUGAAACAGAGAAACACCGAGGAUUUGCCUUCAUUGAGUUUGAACUUCUAGAGGAUUCUGCAGCUGCUGUAGACAAUAUGAAUGAAUCUGAGCUGUUUGGGCGAACAAUACGAGUAAACAUAGCAAAACCAAUGAAAAUCAAGGAAGGAGCUUCUAGAGCAGUUUGGUCAGAGGACUCCUGGCUACAAAAGCAUGCUGGUGAAACACUGCAAGACAGCACAAAGGAGGAGAAGGAAAGUGGUGACACUGGAGUAAAGAGGGCUGCUGAGGACUCAGAAACAACAACAGCACCACCUCCGAAGAAAAGCAAAGGUAACCCACAGGUUUAUCUAGACAUCAAGGUUGGUAACAGGACAUCUGGACGAGUUGUUAUAGAACUGCGAGCAGAUGUUGUUCCAAAAACUGCAGAGAACUUUAGGUGUCUCUGCUCGCAUGAGAAAGGAUUUGGUUUCAAAGGCAGCAGUUUCCACAGGGUUAUUCCACAAUUUAUGUGUCAGGGAGGUGAUUUCACCAAUCACAAUGGUACAGGUGGCAAGUCCAUAUAUGGACGUAAAUUUGAAGAUGAAAAUUUCAUCUUGAAGCAUACAGGACCAGGUAUCAUGUCAAUGGCUAACUCCGGACCCAACAGCAAUGGAUCACAGUUCUUCAUUUGUACUGAUAAGACAGAUUGGCUUGACGGUAAACAUGUGGUGUUCGGCAAAGUGAUCGAAGGUUAUGACAUUGUCAGGAAAAUGGAGGCAUGUGGAACCAAAUCAGGGAAACCAACAGACAAAAUUUCAAUUACAAAUUGUGGGGAGCUAGUAUGACAGGAAUCAGUUUACUGACUAUAGACAACACUAAUUAAAUGGUUGACGACCAUAAUUACUCAACUAUGACAGUGGUACACAAAAAACAAAAUUGGUCCAUACCCACUCUUGGAGAGGAAAAUUGGCAAGGAUGCCAAAUUGUGUAUCUGGGCCAUGUAGAAUCUGUGACAGCGUCCAUCAUACCUCUGGAAAUAUUUCUGACAGUGUAAAAAACAUUGGUGGUUUUAAUUGUGAUCAUUACCACUGACCUUCAGUAAAAGUGCCUGAUCUGUGUAGAUCUGUUUCUGUGUUAGUGCUGGUGACCUGUUUUUAUACACACUGACAACAUGUGUAUGAUGAUUGGUGUUGUCAGUAUACCUGGUGUUGUAGUGGUGUAACCUACUGGGAAAACAAGUCCCAGAAGUUCAAAGCAUUGUUAGUUUUAAAAUAAAAACUGAUAAAAUGUUGUUAUUCCAUGGCAAUCCCGCCAUGUCUGGUAAUAAGUGGGCCCAUAUCUAUUGCCUCUCAGUAGCAUUACAAAUACUUUAAUACUACUUUUUCAAUUUUCGGUAAUAACACCCCCCCCCACUCGCCCCCUCUCCUCCUUACUCCAAAACGAGGGUAAUGUGUUGACCCCUUGGGCUUAUUGCAAGAUAGACAUACAUAUAACUAAUUACAAUAGAUUAUGAAAUUAACACUGUACUUGUUGAAAUAAGUAUUAAGAUUCCAUUUGAUGCCAUGUUUUUAUAUAAUGGUGAUUCCAAAGUUUUAGAAGAAACCUUUGAUCAGAAAGCUUGUAGAACAACUGAAUUUGGAAUUGUAUGGCAGGGGUCUGGUUUUAUGGAGGGCAGGAAUCAUAAUCAGCAUGAACUACAGAAUCACAUUUAACCAGGUGUUCUGUAAAGUACACAGGUAACUUCUGAUAGUUGUUGAUAGAACACUUUAAUUAUUCAUGGAAUAUACGCACGGUAUGAUAAAUAAAUAUUCCUACGGAUUUUCUU